AUGUGUUCUGGGCACACAGACAACUAUCCAGGCCAUGCUGACGGGUCACUGGUGAGCGAGGAAAGCUCAGCCAAAAAUGGGAAAGCUGUGCUCUUUCUAGGAAGGGGCAGUGGUUCUGCUCACAAGAGUCAGUGUCUUGCGGGGAGGCGUGGGGUAAAGCUUGUGGACAGACAGCUCAGCCAUCCUUCCCUCCCCCGAGGACCCGGCCUGAUGGGGAGGACAACCCAGCGCUCACGGCAGGCUGGUGACAGUGACAGGACUAAGACACAAAGACUGAGUACUUUCCUCUUUAAUCUUUAA